GAUCGAAUCAUCAUGCAACUCUUACACAAAACUCAAUUUAUAAAUUUUUCUCCCUAUUUAACCUCAGAGCAUUUUUUUAUUUUUUCUGCCUAAAACAAACCCUACCUAAAUGUCAAUGUUGACCCAUUGUAAACUCAAUCAAGUAUUUUCUUGGUCUCAUUUAAUAGAAUCCAAACAAAGAAUGACAGACUGGCAAGAGACAGGUUUAUACAUUAGCCAACCUUGUCAUCCAGAAAAGACACGUUUAUAUAAAAAGAGUACAGUGAAAAAGCCAACGUGGUAUGGCGUUAUUACCUGUCAUGAUUACCAAACGAUAGCCUAUCUUUUGCGUGUCUUUCAAUCCUCGCCCGGGGACACAAUGACGUUAUUAUUAGGCGCAUUUGGCCGCAAGAAGAUGGACACCCUGAUUAUCUUGUUGGACAAGCGAUAUAUCAUCCGAUCAGCUGUUGUCAAUAUGUCCUGGUGUCGUAGAAUGUGGAGUAUCGCCUCCAGGGCUCAUAUGAUUGCGAUCACUGGUGUCUAUUAUUCUGUCUUGGGCGGAGCUUAUUGCUCUUUAGGCAAGAGCAAUACCAAAUAUGCGUAUAAAGCAGGUGCUUUAGCAAUUGAACAGAUCAAAUUAGCAAAGAGGUUAAAAGAUCCCGUAUUAGAAUGCAAAUGUUGGUUAUAUUUUGCCGAGGAUUUGAUACAGUUGGGUAAUAUACAAAAGGCUCAUAAAAUCAUUCAACGUCAACUAGAGUUUGUGGAUUCCAUCCAUGAUCCAGCUUUAUCAAGUAUGCUGGAAUCGGUUAUCAGCAAGUUGGAUGUGGCAGUGGCCAACAGAGGAAAUUGAUGUCUUUUACGAGUAAUAAUAAUAAAAAGAAGGAUUGGUUCUUGAAAGUUUAUUAUUUA